AUGCUUUUACGUAACCUAAACCCAGCUGCAGGACUUCUUAAUGGGACUAGACUUUCUGUUCUAAAUCUUGAUACUCGCCUUUUCGAAACAAAAUUCCUGAAUAGCACACAUGCUGGAGACACUGUCUUCCUUCCAAUAAUCCCAUCAGAUGCAGGACUUCCAUUCAAUCUCAAACGACGUCGGUUCCCUAUUAGGCCAACAUUCUCCAUUACAAUUAACAAAGCUCAAGGUCAAAGCUUAGGACAAAUAGGACUAGAUCUCACAAAACCAGUAUUCUCUCAUGGCCAGCUCUAUGUUGCAUUUCCAGAGUUAGAAACUUCAAAUUAA